AUGGCGAUGGGCGCCGGGCUGGUGGCGUUGCGGCGCCUGGGCGGUCGUGCCCGUGUGCGGGGCAUUGGGCAGUUGAGGCCCUUGGGGCGCCCUCUGCAGCGCAGGGCUGCUGCGGUGAUGGCGCCACCGGAAGAGAUCUUGGGCAUCAAGCCAGAUGGAAAGUACAACGUGCCUGCCGGGGUGAGAGAAAAGCUGGGGAAGAAUCUCUUGUUGAACUCCAAGCAUCCCCUGGGGAUCCUCUGGAAGACGGUCCAGGAGUAUUUCGCCGAGCAGGAUUCCAACUGCAAGUUCUUCGACACUGAGAAGCCGGUCGUCUCCACCGUGGACUGCUUCGACAAGCUGCGGGUGCCGCCGGAUCACGUCUCGCGGUCGCCGAGCGACACCUACUACGUGAACGCUGAUUAUGUGCUGAGGACACACACAUCAGCACAUCAGUGCCAGUUUCUCAGCCAAUAUCCAGAGAUCACUUCCUUCCUUUGCGCGGGCGAUGUCUACAGACGUGAUGAGAUCGAUGCGUCGCACUAUCCCGCCUUCCAUCAGUGCGAGGGCGUCCGCCUCUUCGACGCGCAGAAGGUGUCCAAAGAGGAGGUCAUGGAAGACUUGAAGAAGACCUUGGAGGGCUUGGCAGCACACCUCUUCCAGCUGAAGACUGGCGAGGACACCAUGCGCUGGCUCGACGAGCUGCUCAGCCAUGGGGUUUACGUGUAUUUCCCCUUUACCGAGCCCUCCCUCGAGCUGGAGAUCUUCUACAACGAAGACUGGAUGGAGGUCUUGGGCUGCGGUGUGAUCCAUCACGAUGUGCUCCGGAACGCUGGCUUGGAUCCGGAGAAGGUGCAUGGAUGGGCCUUUGGGCUUGGACUGGAACGCUUAGCCAUGGUCCUGUUCGGCAUCCCCGACAUCCGCCUCUUCUGGUCGGACGACGCCCGCUUCGCCCAGCAGUUCAGCGAGGGGAGCUUCUCGGAGAAGACCAAGUUCAAGCCUUUCUCCAAGUACCCGCCGGUGCUCAAGGACAUCAGUAUGUGGAUCCCCGAGGAUUUUGUGGACAACGACCUUUUCGAAAUGAUCCGUGACGAAGGGGGGGGACCAGGACGCAGCUCGAAGAUGUUCCGGGUCACCUGGCGAGACAUGUCGCGGACCUUGACCAACGAGGAGGUGAACGCCAAGCACGAGAAGGUCUUGGAGCACCUCACCUGGAACGUGGUCACCUCGGUGGCCGAUGUGCUGCGGCUCCUGGACUUCGGCCACAAGAUGCGGGCGGUGGGCUGCACCAACAUCAAUGCGGCUUCCUCCCGUUCCCAUGGAGUGGCCACCUUUCAAAUCGAGCAGCUGGUCGGACAACAGGACGCCAAACGCAGGUGGGCCCAGUUGCAGACCGUGGAUUUGGCUGGUGCCGCGCGCAUGGAUCAGAUCGGCGACUCUCAGGCGGAGCAGAUGGGCGACACCGGACCUCCGAAGCGCGUGACGCAUGGAGCCUUCUCCAAGGACACGGGAACCUUCUCCAGCCGCAUCAACCAGAUCAUGAGGGCGGCGACCAAGACGCCUGGGCCCGGAAAGUAUUUGGCACAUGAGGAUUGGAGACUCAAUGGUGGCAGUCGUUUCUUGAAAGGGGACCGGUCCUUUAAGCCGAUGCACAAGAACCCGGAUCCCACACACUACGAGCGCAAGGACUUCUUCCAGUUCCCGUGUAAUCGGAGCAAGGAGUGUUUGUCUCAGAACCGCCGGCAGUUGUAUGGGAACAUGACCAAAGGGACUGACACAGCACCGGGGCCAUUUCGCUUGGAGGACCGGAAGUUGACCUUGAAUCCACGUGCGCGUGUUCCAAGAGCCAUGGCCGAAGAGACGUUGCUCACCGUGACAGUCACUUUGCUCAGUGGGCUCACGGCAUCUUUGUCCUUGCCAAAGAGUGCCUCAGAACAAGCCAAGGACCUGAAAGGUGCAGCCGAGCAGGCUUUCCGGAAGGGCUUUCUGAGACUGGUCACAGUUGAUGGCUUCCUGGUGAAUCCAAAGCUUUCCAUUGACAAUCCUUUUCAUCAGGGUAGAUUUUUCUGUGUCGCCGAACGACCACGCUUGGCGGCCACAGACGGUGCCAUGGUUGCUGUGCUUGGUCCUAGCCGUGUGAUCACUUGGGGAGAUCCAAGACAUGGGGGUGAUGCCAGCAAAGUGCAAGAUCAGCUUCAGCAUGUGCAGGACUCCGGGAUUGCCUGGGGGAAUCCCAACUAUGGUGGGACGCCCAGCCGUGGUGUACAAGAGCGACUGAAGGAGGUCAUCGACCUCCAGGCCUCGGGGGGCGCCUUCGGCGGUGCCUACGCGGCGCGGCGCGGCGACGGGUCGGUGGUCACCUGGGGCCAUCCGCAGCUGGGCGGCAGCAGCGAGCACGUCCAGGCACACUUGCAGGACGUCCGAGCGAUUCAAAGCACCAGCGGAGCCUUCGCGGCCAUUUUGGCGGAUGGGCAAGUGGUGGCUUGGGGCGAACCCAGGCUGGGCAAGUGCGGUGGCCACUGCCCUGCCUCGCUACAAGAGGUCCAGCACAUCGCCGCCACGCGCGCCGCCUUCGCGGCGGUCACGGCGAAGGGCACCGUCGUGAGCUGGGGCCACGGCUGCUGGGGGGGGCGACUGCAGCGCAGUGCAAGAGCAGCUUCAGCAGGUGACCAGCAUCCAGGUGGCGGGGUGGCUGUGGAUGUGAUGGGUGGACGCGUGUGGGCGCGAUGGAUGCGGCUGAUAGGAGCAGAUAGGAACCACCAUUUAAAGGAGAUGGAGAUUAACAUCUGA